AUUCAGCGAUUGAUCAAUCCAUGUUCUUCGCAUUCUACACGUUCCUCGUCUGUCAACUGUUUCACCUGCUUUUUCUGAUGGCAAUGGGGCAGUAUGUGAUCAAUGUCAGCGAGGAAGUUUUUCAAUCAAUAUACGAAGCCAAGUGGUACAAUGGUUUGGUUAAAUCUCAAAUGUUAUACGUGCUGGUACUGCGAAAAAGUUUAAAACCGUCCGUACUAACAGGUGGCGGAUUGAUUCCUUUGAAUUUAUACACGUUCGUACAGGUCCUGAAAGCAUCUUUCUCAUAUUACACGGUGUUUAACUCUUAGUAUUUUAAACAGAAAGUAAUUUGCGAAUUUCGAGCUUUGUUGUACUUUAAACAACUCAUAUUAGUGCUUACUAUGACUAGUAUACUUCUUUCAUUUCAUUCGCAUCUGCUAGUUGUGGCUACAUCUGAUGUUACACGGAAAAUAUAACAUUUCUUUGUAAUGCCUCU